GACCCGCCACUGCCAGGGCUGUGCAAGGGGCCGGCGGGCUCCGGGCGGCGGCGGAGCGAAAGUGGGUCACGGCGGGGCCCAGCGCCCUGGGCUAGGGCGGGACCGGACUUGCGUGCGCCGGCUCAAGCCGGGGCACCUCCCGCGUUCCCGGGCGGCCCCGCCCGCGCGGCUGGACUCCUGCCCGGCGCCCUUCCCCCGCCGCCCGCCCUUCCUCACCGGGCAUCCGCGCCGGAUCCCGGGGGAGGUGGGCCAGGCCGGGCAACGAGAGCGGAGCCUGACACCGUCUCUUCGGUGCCUGCAACGGCCGGGGCCAUGGGCACGCCGGCCUCGGUGGUGAGCGACCCUCCGGGGCGGGCAACGCCAGCUGCCCGCAGUCGUAAGCGGGCCUCGGCCAACAUCUUCCAGGGCGUAGGGCUGCUGGAGCUGCGGAGCCUGUUCCGGAAUGGCGGGGCCGAGCGGCCCGAGGAGCGCGCCCGCCUCGUCUGGCGGUACGCGGGCCAGCGGCGCAUGGUGCGGGCCCUGCGGCGGCUCCGGCGGCGGCGAACGGCCCGGCCAGGCGGCGGGAUAGCGGCGCUGCGGCGCUUCGGCCACCUGCGGAUCGCAGAGAAGGAGCUCGAGAGCGACUGCGGGGCCGAGACAGGCUCGGGCUCCGUGUAGCAGCGCUGAGCGGCCGGGGCCGCGGAGGGGGUCUGCUGGACAGCUGAUGUCGGCACUGCCAGGCUCUCUGAGGACACUAAGUGUAUUGGGCAGGGUGUAAUGAAUGGUUAAUAAAGGAUGGAUAAUGGUGGC